AUGGCAUCAGCAGCAGCAUCAAGAGCCAAUCUCGGCGCUUCUGCUGGUAGUGCAAGUGCAAGUGGAAGCGGCGGCACUGGCGCUGGCGCCGGUCCAUCAACCGCACCAUCCUCUUCCUCCAGCAACCCAGCUAAACGCUCAUCAUCAACAACAGCACAGCAACCGCAAGUUUCUCUCCUCGGCACACUUCCACUCCAUCUCGUCCCCGCCCUCCUCCAUCGGAUCGAAACAAGCCUGGCCACUCUUCCGCCAGCACUUCUCUGCGAGAAAGAAACAGUGCUCGCAAGACUCGAUGAUGAAACAUCCGGCGUUCGCGAAACAGGCGACAAUGCUUGGGCCAGCGUAGUCAAAGCACGCAAAGGUGUCAAGCUUCGAGUUCGAGAGAGCCUCAACAGGAUUUACUUGGAAGGAGUAGAAUCCGAAUCAGUAGAAUGUACCCUCUUUCUUCCAUUUCCCAGUUUACCAGAACGACAAUAUCCCAAAGCAUCCCUUAGACCGAGCUACAAUGUUCAGCUUCUUUCCGAUACUCCCAUUCCUCCCGGCCAUAGCGUUGACCAACGCGACCCGUUCGCGGCGGAAGGAGGGGAUACAUUUCCAGGCUUCGACCCGAACAUAUGGCUUGAUACCGACCUCAUCAAUGGCUGGAAAAGCUUCGUCUCUUCGAUAGGCUGGCGUCCACAUUUCACCUUGCUGCGGUACGGUCUCACCUUUGCAUUGAACGAGACUUUGUCACGGCAGUCGUCAACAGCUUCACCAAACCCUCUGAAUCCAUCACAGCGAACAAAACAUACUCUCAACAUGUAUAGGAUCUUCACCCCCGAUCCAACCUCGUAUACGGACGAUUGGGUUCCACUCGAUCCUGAGGGUGCGACGGUGGUGAUUGAACUAACAGCGCUGGUCGGAGGAGAGAUGGAUCAGAGUCACUUUAAUCAAUAUUGUACGCCAGAAGAGGUGGGACCAGCACAGACAGCUGGUGGCUUGCAUCCAAACUCUACCAUCCAAAAUGCCAUCGACUUUGCCGAGUCGGUAGCCAAGAGUUUGAGGGGGUUGGUUGAUUUGCGGAGAGAGCCUCACGAUUGA